UGGUUUCUUGUGUUCCUUUGUUGUGUUGCACUUGAUGGCACUCAUAUCCGUGUUGCUCUUUCACCUGAUGAGCAAGUGAGAUAUAUUGGAAAGACCGGGGUAGCCACUCAAAAUGUACUAGCGGUAUGCGACUUUGACAUGCGUUUCACUUAUGUUUCCACGGGACAACCUGGAGCUAUGCAUGAUACAAGUGUGUUGUACAAUGCACUCAGAGUGGAUGAAGAAUUUUUUCCACAUCCUCCACAAGGCAAAUACUACGUUGUGGAUGCGGGAUAUCCUAAUCGUCCUGGCUACCUCGCUCCUUACAAGGGUGAAAGGUAUCAUUUACCGGAAUGGCAUAGAGGUAUUGAACCUAAGACGCCUAUGGAAAGGUUCAAUCGGGUUCACUCAUCUAUCCGCAAUGUGAUUGAGCGAUCUUUUGGACUAUUAAAAAUGAAGUGGCAAAUUCUUUGGAAGAUGCCACCAUAUCCCAUGUACAAGCAAAAGAUGAUUGUUGUGGCUACCAUGGUCCUUCACAAUUUCAUUCGUGAGCAUGGAGGUCAAGAUGAAGACUUUGCUCGGUUUGAUCGUGAUCCUAAUUUUGUUCCUACAAUACCGGAAAGAUAUAACAAAUAUGCAGUUUCGCAAGCGGCGUCAGAUGGGUCAACUUCCGCACUCAACGCGCCAACUAUGGAUGUCUUUCGUGAUGAGCUAGCCACCGCACUCUCUCUUGCUUGGAACUAGUUUGUAUUGGAAAGAUUGAUUUUGUACCGUAUUUGUUGGGACCUUUCAUUCGGUACAACGUUAUUUGGUU